CCGCCGCUGUAAAACUUCCCGCGCUAACAGUGGAAAAGGAAGUGGAGGAAAGGAAGUGGAGGAGGUAGUUCGGUGUACGUUUUAUCCAUCAUACUUUUCUCACGUGCCUCCUUCAAGGACCAGCUGCUUCAGGUCACUCUUUAGUUGUUUUUGUUCUAUUUAAAAUAAAAUGCCUCGCAUUGAGAAUGACAUCAAGCUGGACUUCAAGGAUGUCCUUCUUCGGCCAAAGCGGAGCACGCUGAAGUCCAGGAGUGAGGUGGACCUGAUGAGGAGCUUCACUUUCAGGAACUCAAAGGGCAGCUAUCGAGGAAUUCCCAUCAUCGCUGCCAACAUGGACACUGUGGGGACCUUUGAGAUGGCUCUGUCUCUGCACCAGUUCUCCCUCUUCACUACRGUCCACAAACAUUACAGUAUAGAUGAAUGGUUGGAGUUUGCAACAAAGCAUCCUGAAUGCGUGGAGAGUGUAGCCGUCAGCACUGGGACCGGGGACGGGGACUUUGAGAAGCUCUCGGCCGUGCUGGAGGCGGUGCCGCAGCUCAAGUACAUCUGCGUGGACGUGGCGAACGGCUACUCCGAGCACUUUGUUCACUUCGUCAAAGACGUGCGGCAGAAGUUUCCUUYGCACACUAUCAUGGCGGGAAACGUGGUGACAGGAGAAAUGGUGGAAGAGUUGAUCCUCGCCGGCGCUGACAUCAUCAAAGUAGGCAUCGGACCAGGCUCUGUGUGCACGACCCGUAAGAAGACCGGGGUUGGUUACCCUCAGCUCAGCGCUGUGAUUGAGUGCGCAGAYGCAGCGCACGGCCUGGGCGGCCAUAUUAUCUCUGAUGGGGGGUGCACCUGUCCAGGAGACGUCUCCAAAGCUUUUGGUGCCGGAGCRGACUUCGUGAUGCUGGGUGGGAUGCUGGCCGGCCACUCAGAGAGCAGCGGGGAGGUCAUCGAGAAAAACGGAAAGAAAUACAAGCUGUUCUACGGGAUGAGCUCCGACACGGCGAUGAAAAAACACGCAGGAGGCGUGGCUGAAUACAGGGCAUCAGAGGGGAAGACGGUGGAAGUCCCCUAYAAGGGUCCGGUGGACGAAACGAUACGGGACAUCCUGGGAGGGGUCCGCUCCACCUGCACCUAYGUCGGGGCGGGCAAGCUGAAGGAGCUGAGCCGCCGCACGACUUUCAUCCGAGUCACCCAGCAGCUCAACACCGUCUUCGGCAACGACAGCUGAGCAUCUACCUCCUGCCUCUGACAGAAUGUCUGCCACGCUGCCUGUCUGUGUUGAUCACAUGAUCCACGUCUUUACGCCUAAAUACUCCGUUUUAUUCCCGGUUUCAGUCCCAGUUCACAGUAUUAGAAACAUUGUUCAGAAACACAUUUCUUUUAGACUUGAUACAAAUCCAGAAAGUGUUCCAAUGAGUUAAAGCUAGAUCAAACUUUGAUUGUCUGCAGUUUUAUUAUCAUUCCUAAGAAAAAAAAUGCAUUUGUUGUUUCUUUUAUUUAUGCCAGUUUGGGGCAGUUUAUGAACGGUAAAAAUGCAAGUCAUCUGUGAGCAAAAUCUCCCUUUAACCYUUUGCCCCAACCAUCUUUAUAAAUUUAUAGCAAACGUCUUCAGUUAUUUAUAAAUCGUAAAUAUUUUAUGUAAUUGUGUUAGAAAAUUUGAAGUAAU